GAUAUGACAAUGGAGCCAUUUUGUGGUCUAGAGGAGGGCUUUUUCGAACUUUCACUAACUUGCCUUUUUCAUAAAAUCGCAGCGAUUUUGAAUUCAAUAGUCGCUAAAUCAACUUAAAAAGCGAUAUUAUUUUAGUUUGAUUUUAGACGGACCGAAAAUUUGGGUGGGAGACGUCGUCGUUUCAGUGACAUACAAGAAUGUCUCUGAGAACAAAAAUCAAACACCUUACCGGCGCUUUCCCCACCGCCAUCCGCCACCUCUCUUCCAACCUUAAACGCCGCCCACACCCACACCCACCACCGAGGCAGGAUCCAUACUCCCUCCUGAAGGAAGACCCGAUUCAAGUUCUGUCGGACCUCUGGGUGAAGUCAUUCUCCCAAACCCAGAAACCCUUCAACAAUCUCUCCGGCUUCCUCUCAAAACUCGACCUCUGGCUGCUCGCUUACCAGCGCGCGUGCGCUCACGCCACCGGCUCCUUCCCUCCCAGAAAUGCCAUCCCAUCGUACACCCUGUCCAACCUCGUCUCCCUCAGAGACGCAGUCAUCCACAACCAGUUCCAAUGGGACUCCAAGGCUGAGCAGUUCAUUCGCAAUCCGAACGAUAAACCCUUACACCUACUUUCAAAUCGCAAGCUCCAAUCGAUGUUGGCAUCCGCCACCCAGCCGUUUCAAGACCGGGUUGUUCAGGAAGUUCUGUUGAUGAUUCUCGAACCGGUUUUCGAGGCCCGUUUCUCUGCGAAGUCACAUGCGUUUCGGCCCGGUAGGAGCCCUCAUACUGUUAUUAGAACAAUCAGGAGUAACUUUGCUGGCUACUUGUGGUUUAUAAGAGGUGAUUUGACUGAUAUUUUUGAUAAUGUAGAUUUAAAUGUAGUGUUGGGCUGUGUCGAAAAAUCUGUAAAAGACAAGAAGGUUUUGAACUUGAUUAAAUCAGGGCUGAGAGGGGCAGAAAAAAGUCACAAGCAUCUCGUACAUAAGGCGGAGAAGGUAACCCCGCAGAAAAGAAAGAAGGGGCAGACGAAGAAGAGGAUAUUGUCCGAAAAUGAGCCGAAGCCCGACCCUUAUUGGUUGAGGGCAUUCUUCGGUUUUGCUCCCGAGGAGGCUGCGAAUGUGCCCGAUUGUGGUUACUGUGGAAUUCUAAGUCCUCUGCUGAUAAAUGUUUGUCUGAGUGAAUUCGAUUACAUGAUGGAAAAUAAGAUACAAGAGUUCUUCAUGCCUUGUCAAUCCGAUUCAAUAUGGAAGCAUUCGAUAAACGACGGCUGUCACAAUCCUUCUUGGCCCGAAUUUGUUCCCUCGAGUGGUAAGGAAAAGACUCGGAAAAUGGAAUACGUUAGGUAUGCUGGUCAUUUUCUAGUUGGCAUAAGGGGUCCAAGAGAGGAAGCAGUGAGAAUUAGGAAGGAAAUCAUCGAGUUCUGCGACAGCAAAUUCGGUAUUAGGUUGGACAAUUCAAAGGUUGAGAUCGAGCAUAUCACUAGGGGAAUUCAGUUCUUGGAUCAUAUUAUUUCGCGUAGAGUUAUACACCCUACUCUUCGUUACACUUCAAGCGGUGGCAAGAUUGUGAGUGAGAAAGGUGUGGGGACUUUACUCUCUGUCACAGCUAGCUUGCAACAGUGUGUUCGUCAGUUUAGGCGGCUUGCUUUUGUAAAGGGUGAUAAAGACCCAGAGCCUUUGCCUUGCACGCCUAUGCUAUAUUCAGGUCAAGCACACACAAACGCCCAGAUGAAUAAGUUACUCGAAACAAUGGCGGACUGGUAUAGAUACGCAGAUAACCGGAAAAAAAUAGUUGGGUUUUGUGCGUAUGUCAUUCGCAGCUCUCUUGCUAAGUUGUACGCUGCGAGAUAUAGGUUGAAAUCUCGUGCGAAGGUGUAUAAGAUCGCUUCGCGCGAUCUUAGCCGUCCGUUGAGGGAGAGUAGUAACAAUUCUGCUCCCGAGUAUUCUGAUCUUUUGAGGAUGGGGCUUGUGGAUGCCAUUGAAGGCGUUCAAUUUUCUCGCAUGUCUUAUAUUCCAUCGUGCGAUUAUACUCCUUUUCCUAGGAAUUGGGUUCCCGAUCAUGAGAAACUGUUGCGUGAGUAUAUCAAAUUGCAAGAUGCUAAAUUCUUUUGUGAACUGAAUAAGUCGGUCAAGAAGCAAGGUUUGUGCUUGCCUCAAGAUAAGAUAUCUAAGAUUGUGUGGGACUUCAAAAUCCUUGGAUUUUUGAGCGAUCGGUUUAAUGAUGAUAAAGAGAAAGAAAGUACUUGAUACUGUAGGUAAUCUUCAAGUGGCCAAGUGUUUUGUUGGGAUUUUUCGAUUUUUAUUGGAACUUCCUGCAUACUAGGGUUGCUACAGAAAAUGCAGAACUUUUAAAACGACAAUUCGGUGUGUAGUGAUCAAGACAAAGUUUGAUAGUGUAAAUUAUCAAGAAAUGAAACCUUUGCAUGCAAAUAAGAAGGUAGCGAAAUAGUGCUCACCUUAUCUUCGUGAGGAAUGGGGGAUCAACUGCCUCCGUUUAUUGCAAGCAACAGGGCAAGAUUAAGGAACUUCCAUUGAAAAAACCUAAGACAAGUAUAAAUUACAGUUGCCGUAGUUUGCUGAACAGAACGGAUAUUGUUAAUGUUGUCAACUGAGGGCAAGCUUAAACGUGUUUCAUCGUCAGACUCUUCCGACGAGGAUAUUCACCGUUUUACUCAUCGGAUAAAUAAAAAGCUUGAUGAGUGGUACUCGGUAUGGAAAUCGUUUUUCUUUCACACAAUAUUCCUUUUAUUCAUUUAUCGGCCAUAUAUCUUUAUUGCUUGCCCUGAUUUCUUGUUCGUGGAUGUCAUGCUUUUGUGUGUAUGAACUAGCAGAUUUGAAUUGAUCUUGAUGCUACUAUAAACAUCAACCUUAUCAGGA